AUGCGGACGUGGCUGCUUCUGGCGGCCGCGUGUGCCGUCGGCUGGGCGGCAGUUGACGAUGACAAGGAAAUUGUGCGCAGAGGUUUGGAUUGCAAAAGAAUUUUGAAAAUAACUUUAAACUUCAGUUCUGCAAUCUUGGACACAUGGGCGGCCUACCACUUACUCAGAAUUUCCUAUGAGUCCUGCUCAUGUUGAUCUUGAUGCAGACACUUCGUUCAUGGUACUUUUCUUGAAAACUGAUAUUUCGCAGGAAAAAUUUAAAGGGAGAUCAUCACAUUUCAAAACGCUCAUUGGGAAACGUCUACGCCGGUUCUGUAGUCGGUCAGUCGUGCCGAACUCCAGGACUCACUGGAGCGAACUGCGAAUUCCGUAAGAAGCGCCUUCAAAAAUGAAGCAGAAUCUUUUGUUUUUUCAGCGAUUUGCGGAGAGCGCAACAUGCAAAUUCCUAACAACCCAGAGUCCGACUUGGUAAAAUUUUUUCAACCAUAAAUUCAUGUCAGAAAGUUCUUGUAGGUCAGCAUCGACGCAGCUAACUUGGCAAACUGCUCGGAGUCUUACGUGGUGGUUGUUGAUGAGACGAUGUUCGAUAUCAACAUCGAAAUCGAGACUAACCUCGCCAUUCAGCCCAGCUUUGUUCUGACAGCUGCCGAUGGUGAGAAAGAAAAAUGAACAGGGAAUAUCUUCCACUGAAAAAUUUCCCUUUUCACUUCAGGAAAAAGAAAGAUCACAUUUCUAGUUGACUGUUUUUGAAUAUAAAACUUAUCCUAUACAUUUUUUAAAACCAUUUUAAAAUUUGAAGUUUUGUUCAAAAACCCAAAUCGCGCAGGAACAACUACCUUGCCAACAACCUCGAUCCCGACGCCGUCCUCCUUCUCAGCUAGCUACUCAUUUCUGGCUCCCGGACUCUACGUUCUCAGCCCACGUGCCGACGUUGACACGACUUACUGUACCAUGAUCAUGACCGUAUGCAGAAAUGAACUUUCCGAAAUCUCAGCAAAAAAUUUCAGGCAAAGACCAGAUUGACAGUUAUCGGAGGUUUCACGAGCGGACCGGAUGGCUUCCGAUCCGAUUUCCCUACCUACAAAUACGCUUACUUUGACACGAUCUCAACUGUCGUCAACCAUGUGAAUGGACUCGAAUACCCAGCUCAACUUCAGACCAUUGGCUUCACCGGAGAACAAAACGUGACUAAUUCAAGCAGAAACAGAUCUUAAGAGAGAAUUUCAGCAUGUGACUCGCUCGGUCCCUUUCACCACUCGAUUCAACUGCAGUUUCCCAUACGCCUACGAACGAUAUACCUGUAGCAAAAAUACUCCAAACGAUAUCGCUCACAACUUUUACAGGGUACUUAUAGGGAUAAAAUCACAAAGUUCUUCAUUUUUUGUUUAGGUUGAAGGAGUCACUUUCCAAGGAUUCAAGUUUCGACGAAUUGUUCCUUAUCAAUGCGUCUGUAAGUUUACUGAAAAAAUGAUAAAGCAGAUCAUAAAAAAAUUAGGUUCAAAUUCGAUACGAAGCUUUUUCAGUACCGUCAUCACAACCUUCUUGUAAAGAAUUCAAUCUGCCUGAUAGUUUCUGAAGCUGCGUUUUUUUCUGAUAACUCAAACUUGAUCAGAGUGUUAAAAAUAAUGGUCAUCACAACUCCAGGAUGUUUCAGGAAGGUUGAAUUCCUUACAAAAAAAAAUUUGAUCAAAAUUCGGUUUUUUCGUACUGUUUUGUAGUCGUUUUGUAGUCUGAAAUCAAUUGAAAAAAAACUUCCGAAUGAAAAUAUUACUGAAAACAUGACUUGAAGUGCCUCCACCAACCACCACCGCGGCAGUGAUGACCACUACCGCACCAGGACCCGUCACUACAUGUAAAAAUGGAGGCCAGCUGAUCAAGAACACUGACGGAACGUCUUAUUGCUAUUGUAUCGGCUACUUUGGUGGAAGCGACUGCGGCGUUCGUCAGUGUCUGAAUGGAGGUAAGGAAAAUGAAUAAAUCUUUGAAUAAAGAAGAUGCUCAGGAGUUCUCCCUUCACCGGAUAGCGACCGUUGCACAUGCCAGCAAGGCUUCUCCGGCUUCAGCUGCGAAACAAGUGCGUUAAAAGUUCUUAACAAUUUUUAGGAGAAAAAGAGAUUUCUUUCAAAAAAAAAAAUGUUCUGAUUCAUUUUUGGAGAGAAACAGAAAGAUAUAAAGCAAUUCAGUUGUCUGCAUGGACAAUGCUGGAUACGAAUUCGAUGCUGAACAUCCAACACUCACUUUCGUUAUUCGAACAAGAGCUGAACUUUCAAAUGUCGUUGAGCAGGUAAUAAAGAUGUAUUAUUAGGAAAAAAAUAAGAUAAGAAAAAAAUAUGAUUGAGUUAUUUUCAACGAUUGAACGUUUUUUUAUGAUGAUUUUUGAAACGUGUAUGCUGAGUUUUGAAACGGAUUCAAUGAUUUUGAAACUGAUUGGUGAUGAGAUAUGAUAAGGGAAAGAAAGAUAACUUUCAAGUUUUCCAAUUUCAUUUUUAGCAGCAGAAACAGUUGCAAAAAGGAAGCGAUAAGCAAGGAAAAUAAAUAACAAAGUCUUCAAAUUUUAGUUUGUCAACGCGACCUCUCAAAUUGUGAACGAUUUGAGUUUCGCCCCCAACUAUCUGCGGAGCUACAUCGUUGUUCUCUUCAAUAACAAUGGUCUGUGUAGCUCGAAAAUUCAAAGAAAAAUUUCGAACUUAUCCAGCUCUACUUCUCAACAAGAGAUACGACACCUACGGAGCAGCUCUCACCGACCUCAACAAAGCCAUUCACACUGCGCCAAGCGAUGGAUCUUGCGAUGACUCUACUUUCUCGGCUAUUGCGUGAGUUUUCCCGAGAGUUCUUCAUACAAAAAUCAUAUUGCAGAGCUGCUCUUUCACAGUAUCCGGACAGCAAAUCUCCGGUUUACGUCAUCACUGAUGCCACUCCCAGUGACAGUGCCGAGAAAGAGACCGUUUUCCAACUAGAGUCGUUCUACAGAGCACCGGUUUGAGAUUAGACUAGAAAUUAAACACAAAUUUUCAGAUCUACUUCAUUUAUAUCACUCCUCCUCCAAGUGACAACUGCAAUACUUCGCCUGAAAAUGCUGGAUACCGUGAUUAUCUGGAUAUUGCCACUCGAACCAGUGGUCAUGUCUAUUAUUUCAGCAAUCGAACCAACAUUUAUAACGUGGAGUGUCUUCUGAUAUUUAAUUUUAUCGGAUGCUUUUUAGUUUGCCUACCAACACAUGCUAAACACGCUCUACCGCUCGCAACUUCUUUUGUCCAACGAUUUCGCCGUCUGCGGAUAUCAGAACGUUUACAAAUCGGUCGCCAUUGAUUCUGAUGUCGAUUCCAUUGUGGUUGUCGCUACUGGACGUAUGUUGAAGAUAAUCUGAGAAAUAGGGAUUUGAAUCUCAGGAAACGCGCAGCUGCUUAUGACCAACCCAUUGAAUACUCGAAUUGACUUCAAUGUCAUGUUCAGCGACGGUUUCAAUCACAUUUGGUAUGUUAUCGUUACUUAAAAAAUUGUGGAGAAGGUUCGAUCGGUUUCAGGGAAACUAGACAAACCCUCGUCGGACAGUGGUUCUUCAACAUCAUCACUCAGUCCCCAUCCUCAGCCUGCAGUUUCCGAGUCUACCAGAAGAAGUUCAACAAUGCCGGUUUGAUGAAAAAUCAUUGUCUCCCAAAAAGUUUAUGUCUUCAGUCUCCUCGAGCCCCGAUUUCGACCUGUUCUGGGCUUUCUCGACCACACUCACUUCUGACGGCUCUUUGAAGCAACCUAUUUACAGUAAGCUAUUCAAGACCCAAUAAUGAUCCCAAAUGAGAUUUGCAGACUACGACGUUGCUCCGGUGUUCCAUCUCACGAACUACCCUAUCGGACUGUCAAUGGAGCGUGUUCACGCGGCUCUCAGCAUUUACGCGACUCGUGGUGGUAACCAAACUGAAGUCUAUGGGUCCAGCGGCCUUUGGCGCGACGCUUGCUCUUUGCACUUCUAUUUCCCACCUUUCACCUGCCAAGUCCCAGAAGAAACUCUCUACUUCAAUGUAAACUUGAUUGUAUACAUUUUUUUUUGAAUCAUUUUUUAGUUCUUCGCUCGUGAUCGUCGUGGCGUGAGUAUUCAACGUGCCGGAACCAUGUAUUGCACUCGGGGUUCGCUUCUUUACUCAUGAUAGCGUUCUCAGAUUCUGAGCAGGAGCAACGAAUAUUUAUAGUACAACACAAUGAAAAACUUGAUGGACAGUCUCACUGAAAUCUCACUAUUUCAGUUCAUCCCACACCACCUCCCGACCAUCAAUGCCAGAAUGGAGGUGUCAUGGAUCCUACUAACAACACUUGCUUCUGUACACCUGAGUACACCGGACAGUACUGUCAAACCAUCGUAAGCUUCAUAAACUCUAUGAAAAACGCCUUUUAUGAUAGGUUUGCUACAAUGGCGGCGCUGUGGUCGGAAACCGUUGUCAAUGUCCAGCUGGCUGGGGCGGAAACAGCUGCGAAAUUCGUAAUAAUUUUUUGACAGGCCUCAAAAAUGAAAAAUUUUUCAGCGAGAUGCCCGCAACCUGGAAUUAAACCUGAAUACUUGCACUUGGGCGUGGACAUGGUCUUCGCAGUCGAAACUACUCAACAAGCUUGGGCUUCGGUAGAAAAACGUUGAAAUUUGGAAAAAUAUAAUUUUUCCAGCUUGCCAUGUUGAACAAGAACUUCCAAGAGAUUUUGAGAGACGUCAAAUCUCAGAACCCUCUUUGGAUUGGGCAAUUCGUCGUCGUUGCUUUCAAUUCGACAUGUUAGUGAUUCUGAAAAUGAAACGAUCAUUUUUCCAUUCAGGGGGUGGAGUCGUAGCACAGUCUCCAUCCAACGAUCCAACUGCGGUUAUCACUGCUCUGAACAAUUUGGCAGGAACUAUUCCGACUGACACCGGCUGCGCCGUCCAGGUUUUGAAUUUUAAUUGCUUCAGCUACUAUUCAAGUUUUCUUUACAGCUCUGGCAAGCCCUCAACUCAGCCAUUUUCAGCAGAGCGAUAGUUCCAGGCUCAUAUAUCGAAGUGUUCCAGGUUAAUGAGUUUUCUCAUUUUUGGAUAAAUCUCUCUUUUGAAGACAAGUCCUGAAGAUGACACGGACGUCAGGAAUCUGGGAUUAUUGUACGAAGCAACUCGGCAAAUGGGUCUUGUCCUGUAUUCUUUCGUGGCGGCUGAUAUCCUCUCCCCGACCGGAUUCAAAUGCAAUGCCACCGCCGUUCGUACCUCUGCUGCAAACUUUUCUCUUCAUAAUUUAUUUGUAGGAAAACUACUACACAAUGCUCGGCGUUGUGGGAGGAUCUACCGGAGACAACUAUUUGUUGCAACCAGCUGAAAUUGCGAACGUAAGACGUCUUCAAGAAAGGUUUCUAUUUUUUCUUAGGCGGUGAGUCUCAUCCCACUCCAAUAUUCGAAUGCUGCCGUCAACUACAACUUCGCGCCUGACUGCUCAACUCCUCUUCUCGUAAUAAAAUGAAGAAAAUAAAAAUAAGAGAGAAAUCAACAGACUUACAUCCCUGUCGAUGCAUACACUCAAACCGUCCAGAUCAACGUCUACGGCUUCAACCCGACUGUCACUGUUCUUGACGGCCAAGGUUGAUCCAGUGAGGAGUUCUUUUGAAAAUAUCAAUGUUUUAGGAAAGAAUUACAAUCUGAUCCAACUCUUCUAUGAUGAUUACAUUGGAUUCUCUGUCUUCGAAGUUCGACGAGCCUGCGAUGAUGAGUGGUACGACAACGGAGACUCGUACUGCUACAGGACGAUGGUUGGCGAGAAUACAAUGACCUAUCCCGAUGCCAAGAAGUACUGCGCAUCUGCUGGAGGAUUUUUGGUCGAUGACCUCACGUCGGACAAAAACCAAUACCUUUAUGGUGAGAUUCAUUAUUCCACUCUAAGUUGAAAAAAAUCAUGAUUUUCAGCCAACGCCUACAGAACUCAAUUCUGGAUCGGUUUGUACAACAACAACAAUGGCGGAUAUGUCUGGGACCGUGGAAACAUCAGUAACCCACAGCCGGUAGAAAAAUAAAAAAAUAAAAAGAAUUCGAUCGAUUUCAGCUGAACCAAGAUCAAACAUUCUGGGCUGGAGACAGUACCUUGGACCCAACCAAACAAUGCGUGUUUUUCGAUGGAACAUCUACGGAUUCUAAUAAAGUUUGGUGAGUACAGAUAACGAUAAAAUUAAGUGUUGAAAAAAGGGAGGAUACUUAAACUCGAUUGGAGGACUUUGAUGAUGUAAAAGAAAACUAAUGGAAAAUUAAAUUUUUAUCUGAAAUUUCUGAGUCUUCAAAAGUGAAAGGCUAAGUGUUAUCAUUAUUUGAACCACCGUUGCCCUAUAACUGAUUAUUAAGUUUGCUCUGAGCUUUCGAAGCCAAAUGGGCAUUUUUCCAAAAAUUUUUUUCUUAGGACUCUCGACUCUUGCUCAACUCAGAGAGCCUUCAUGUGCCAGAAGCAUCGCUACGACUCCAAAUACGUUCCCAACUCAAUCGGAGACGGUAAUCAAAAAGAAAAUCUUGUUAAUAGACAAGAAAAGCUUUCCAGAUGAUCUUCCGGCUGGCUUUUACACCGUCUCCAUCACAACUCAGCCAACCGCAGGACAAACUUCCAAUUGCUCAUUGGAAGUCCGAGUUCAAAGUGACCUGCAAAUCGUCACCGGCUACGUCACGUCUGUCGGAUCCGACGACCCUAACGGCGACCCGAUCAGAGAUUCGAGUAUGUUCAACAUUCUUCAAAAAUAUAGAAAGUAUGAUGUUUCAGCUUCUAACAGAAUUAUUGCCUACGUCCAUUCUUUGGAUAACGACAAUCGCGUGCCCAUUCUCACAGACGCCGCUUUGUGGGACGCUGUCAACGGUGAAUUCAACUCAAAAGACGUGAUUGAAAAGAAAAUUUAGGCACGUUCUACAAUGGCCUGAAGUAUCAGCAACGAGUCAGCUGCCAGUAUCCAUGGGUCACACAAGAUUUCCCUUGCCCCAACGGAAACAACGACAACAACGAAUUCGGCAUUAUGGUUCGUUAAUCUCAAAUAAUUUUCUUUGAGAUCUUUCUUAACGAAAACGAAUGGCUAUUAAUGAGAAUUUUUAUUGUAGUUUCUUCAUUUUCCAAACGGGCGAAAAACUGGUAGAAAUUGAUGACUCCGCUCAAAAAAGAAAAUUCCGUUUUUUAAACCUUCGCGACUUUUUUGUAGCUAAGAUGAGAAGUUUUCUAUCAAUACCGUUUUUUUUUUUGCUUUGACUGCAUUUUGUGUCUAUCAGACUUCUUAGUUGAUCAUUUUGGAUUUUUUUUAGUAGUUACGGUAAGAGGAAAUAAAGCGCAACCACUACAGAAAGUUACAAACUUUGGAAAAAACAUCAAAAUUAAAGCAUCAGAAAGAAGGCUGAUGGCAAAAAAAAGUUUGUCGUAGCUACUUUUUUGUCAGAAUCUCUUCGAAAAAUCGAAAUUUUCACUGACCACCUGCACUUUUUGUACUUCUCAUAAAAAAGGCUCAAGAAAAUUAUCUCGUAUUGCAGCACAUUGGAGAAGACGAGUUCGGUAACACCUUCCAGCGUGUCACCUACGCUCAUUGCUCUCGAGCUGGUGAAUAUUCUGAUGAAGAUCAAUAAAUUAUUUUUUACUCAGAGAUCAUCUGCGGCAACGGAGGAGUUCGAUACAAUGGAAUGUGCGUCUGCAACGACUACUGGACUGGAAGCCAGUGUACAGUUCCGAUUUGCGUCAAUGGAGGAACCAGAAACGCUGACCAGCGCUCUUGCUCCUGCCCGCCUGGCUACACCGGUAGAAACUGCGAGUUCGGUUAGUAAACUCCAAAAAUUUGAAUUUUAACAUCCCUUUUUCAGAAAUGUGCCAGCCUAAGAUUGACACCACCUUCAGUCUCGAUGGAAAAACUCUUGUUCUGGUUGUCGAAACAACAUCCCAGCACAACGCGACUGUUACUAACGUGAAUAUGUGCCUUAUAAACAAACAAAAAAAAUAUUCUGAAUUUCAGCCAAUACACUUUUGGGUCUCUGAAAAGAAUUUUAGCCUUUCAGCCGGCAAAAAAAAAUAAAAAAUUUCUCGAAACGUUGAUUUUACUCAAUUUUGAGGUUCGAACAAAAAAUUUGAUUUUUUUCAGAGAGCCAUUUAGCUAUAAAUCGAACUUUAUAUUGCUCGAACAUCAAAAAGGGCUUAUAAAAAUACGUAUAUAAAAAAACUAAAUAAUUAUAUUUGCUCAAGUUUCAAUCUAACUGAAAAACUUUAGCUCAUUGGAAAUCUAGCCAACAUCAUCAGUACCGCCACAGCCAACAACCCGAACUGGUUCAGCAACUACGGCCUUAUCACCUUUGACUGUAACAAAAGCAGUACUGAAGAGCAAAAACUCGAUUCUUUCCAGCUUCUGGAGUCACAUACUCCAGCUUCGUCUUCACCGAUGCCAACUCUCUCAUCACCGCUUUGACCGCUGCUCAGAAAAAGAUCACAGACCAAGGAAAUUGCUCGAUGCCGCUUAUUGGGUAUGGCGAAAAUUCAGAAAAUAUUCGAAAUUUAACUUUUCAGAGUGUUGCAAACGACUUUGCACAGUGCCCAAAGUAUUGUAUAUCCCAACAGUGAGAUUAUUCUUUUCACAACUGCCGGAGCUAGCGACAUCGAUCAGAGAGGUGCCCUCAUUCCUAGCAUCGUCGCUUCCCAAGCUCAGGUAAAAUAGCGAGAAAGUUUUUUUUUGAGAACUAUUGUAUAAAAUUACUGGAAGCUUUCAGCUUCACUACGUCUAUUCACAAACGACUUGCGGAGACUUCUCUAGCGUCCCAGCUGUCAGCGACAUUACGCGCUUGGCUUACAGUACCGAAGGAAAUGUGAUGUUUGUCACUCCGGACACUGUCAUUUCGGUGAAAUUCCCCCUUUUGAAGUUUGAUAAAGCGAAAAAUUGCAGCUGAUGACUCAAUACCUGCCGACGAGAUAUGGAUCCAGCCAACUUUCUGAUCCCACUGCUCACACUGGUUACUCUUGCAGCACUGGUAAACCAUGGUACAUUGCUGUUGAUGCCAACACGACCUUCAUCUACGUCUCUGCUACUUCUGAAUUCGGAUCUGUGUCCGCUGUCAACCCAAUGGGUCGUGAGUUUUCUUUCUUUCUGCUCCUUUCGAUGAAGAAAACCAGACUAAACUUAGUUUUUUGGUUAAUUUUGAAAUUCAUUUUAUGAAAAAUUUAUUCGAUUCAGAAACGGUCGCCGCAAUGAACAUGUUCAACGCCAACUCGCAGAAAAUCUAUGCCUUCGAAGUGGAUUAUCUCCCGGGUAUUUGGACCUUACAGGUAGCUCGGAGACUGGAAAAAAAAAUAUGAAAUACUUAUUUUACAGCUAUCCAGCCCUCCAGGUCUUUGCUUCGUUCAUGUGUACGCCAAAAGUCCAGCCAAGACGUUCGCUAAAUUUGCUCUACCGACUGCCAGCGAUCCGACCGGAGCUCAUCAAGACGGAAGUCUUAUCAGCCCAGUUCCUGGUGGUAAGGGAAUUAAUUUUUUUAAAAAAAUUAAAUUCAGUCAACAACAUCGUGGCCGUGGAACUCUAUGGACCACCGUUCCAUAGAGGAACGUUACGUUAUGUCGACGUUUACGACCCUGAUAUGGUCAAGGUGAAUUUUUUUCUUGAUAUGGAAGUUUUUGAAAAAAAUGAAGAUAAUUAUCGAAAAUUUUUCAAUUUUUCAGCUCACUCAAUCUUAUUGUCACUUUCUUUUUCACGAUUUUUAACUACUUCAGCUUCUCCUUCGCUCUGAGCUCUACCCACGUGGAAAUUGCUCGUACCAGUACUACUCGGAUCCGUUUGUUUGCCAGUCCGACUUGAUCGCGAUCAACGUUUACGGUACUGAUGAGAAUAACCAGAAGUUCCGACGCCAGCAUCUUGCGUUCUGCAACGGUAAUUAAGGAAAUUGGAAGGAACUCACAAUUUCAUAUAUUCACAGGAGCCGCACCAACCGGAGCUCCUGGCGUAAGCACGACUCAAGCACCUAUUAUGACUACGACCGGCGCUCCUGCCGUCUCUACCAUGACCCCUCCUCCUGCAGUUUCCACAACUCAAGGAGCGCCAACAACGACUGCUUUCGGCAACGCCAAUCUCAACUUUGACGUCGUCUUCCUGUUCGACGGUAGCCAAGCCGCUCAACCUGUUUUCAACAAUGUAAAAUAUUCUAUCAAAAAUCCGAAACGAAGAAUUUUCAAUGCUGAAAUCAUAUCAUUUGGGAAUCGUAUGACAUUUUGGAGAAAAUCGUUGGGAAAAAAAACAAGGCUUAGCGGUAUGUAAGAUCGUAGUUGUGCAUGUUCAGGUAUAAAUACAUGAAUGAAUGGAUAGCUUGGCGAAAAACGUGAAAAAUUUCGAUCAGGGAGGAAAUCUUAAUUGACUGAUUUCCAAAAAAAAACUCCUUCCAUAUGAAAAAUUCUCAAAAAUUCAGAAAUUCAAAAAUUCAAAAAACUCACGUAUCACAAAAAUUUAUAAUUUCAGUUUACCAAAUUUGUAAGCACCUUGAUGGUGUCGUACACUGUCGGACCAGCUGCUCACGUUGGAAUCGGUGUUGUGGCUCCGGAUGCAGAUGACCAGGCACCUAUGGUCGCCCAAUUGAACUCUAUACAAUCGCAGUCCAUUCUCAAUGGUUAUCUCAACACUCUGGGAGAAUACUGGGGAGAUUUCGAUCAUGCUGGACAACUUCUGGACUUGUGAGUGUCUUUUUUAAAACUAUAGAGGAAAGUGAACUUUUAGGAACCUCAAAACCGUUUCUUCGCCUGACUACAUGAAUCCGAGCGCUGGAUAUCGCCCUGCGAUCAACAACCAUUUGAUCAUCUACAUCACUGCAACCACCGCAUUCGACGUCGAUCCCACCGCUACCGCCAAGAGUAUAAUCGCCAACAAUCAGUACGGAAUCAUCACUGUCGGCUUCGGCGCCGCUGUCGACAACACCAAGCUGAUUGUGAGUAUAAAUGAAGAUUUCUUUUCUCAAAAAUAUCUCCAGGCGGUUUCUGGAGGUGCUGCCUGCUCUUUCACAGCCACCGACUUCGCAUCGCUCAAUAACCAGAUCAGACCCAUCCAGCAGAAGAUCUGGGACGCGAAGUGAGUUUCUUGAAUAAAGAAAAAUGAAUGAGAAUUUUCAGCUUCAACAACGGCGUCUACUGCAGCUCAUGA